AAGCAGCUGUCAAUAAAUAUAAAAAUGAAAUCAUAGCUCAACAAAAAUGAUAAUACAGGAUUAAUAACUAUCUUAUUUAUUUAAUAAUAUGAAACCAUGACCGACCGCCUCCGUCAGAUCGCGCAAAAGGUGAAAGACAGAAUCUUUAUACCUCAACUAAAAGGUAGUAACAGUCGCGAAAGGGUCGAACACUUGAUCAGCAAAUAUGUCCCGGCUAAUAGAGUUACUGCUAUCGCCGAGAAGUUCAGACACGAAGGUGUCACCAACAAGGUUAAGGAACUGGUGUCUAGAUACGAGAAAUUCACAGGUAUCGAGGAAAUUAUGGCGAUACAGAACACGGUCGUCGAAGCACAGGAACGUUUCGUGACGGCCCAAGACCGUAGACGUGAUUUAGGACGUGAGCUAGCCGCAAUAGAUGCUAGAUUGAAGGAACUGCAUUCGGAAAUGCAGAAUACUAUGAAAGGCGAUGAAAAAUAUCUACAUCUCUGUACGGAGGAGCACAAGUUAAUAAUCCAGGAGCGUGCACUCCGAACACUUUUCUUUGAAGCUGAGAGGGAAGAGAGAGAAUUGUUUGCAACAAUGUCAGCGGCUGUGAAGCUGGGACACGAGAGGGAGAGGGCCCACGCUGAGAGAAAUAAAUAUUGGUAUAUUGUUGCUUCUAUACUUGGUACAGUUUUAGGGAUAGCGGGUUCGACCAUCAACAAUCAUCUCAAAAUGGCUGAAUUCCGUGAUAUGAUGGAACAGCAAAUGGCGAGAACAGCCAGCGUCCUGUACACAGUAGCUGGUGGAGGAGCCGCCAACAAGGCGGACAUAGCCGAAGCUAUGAAGACGGAAUUUGCUUACCAGGAGCAACUCGCAAACAACCUGACCGUAAUGCAGGAUAACAUCAACAAUCUCAUAAACAAGCAAUCGUCGCUGAUAGACCACUUGAAUCACCAAGAUCACGUGUUGGAAACUCAGAUGCGUGAAAUAAAACGGCUGAUACUGGCCGCGUCACAGAACAGCGCGAAAUCUGACGCUGAACUGGCCAAAGCCUUGUCCGCCGUCCACCACGAGCACGACAACGACGACGAGAACCACAUCGAAAAGGGCUUAGACUCUAAUCAGAUACUAACGGGCCUCGGCAUCGUGAUGUGCGCGGCGGUCAUCUUUAGUAACAUAUUCGGCCGUUUGAGUUGACUCAAGUGUUUCGCCUGUUAAUGUUUGUUGUUGCUUUAAAUUGUUUUUGUGAUUUUUGUUAUUGAUGUCGUCUGGCUGUGAGCUGAGCGCGGAUCGUCCUCGCCGCCGGCCGCUUGGUUUUAUAUAACAUUGUAAGCUUUAUAUAAAUGUUUAACAAACAAAUAUAUAGUAACUUUUU